CAUAGACCACCAUCACCGAGCUGCAUAAAUGCUGGCCCAGUAACACACACUUACGGCCAGUCCUUCGCCAACACCAGCUGUCCUCGACUCUCCAAUGUUUCCGUGGCCCGAGGGAGGGUUGUUCCGUUCUAUCCGCAAGCAUCUCAACUUCUAUCGCGUUCACUUACUAUGCUUCACAUUCGUCCCCCUCAUCUUGUCUGGCAUUCUCUACGCGUGCAAUGGACGGUACCCCAUCAGCUAUGUGGACUGCCUCUUCGUCUGCGUCAGCGCGGCGACCGUCUGUGGAUUGGCGACUAUCGACUUGAGCACGCUCACGCCGCUCCAACAAGUGAUCGUCUUCGUGCAGAUGUGCUUGGGUAGCCCGGUCUUUGUCUCAUGGCUCAUACUUCUCAUCCGAAGGCACUACUUUGGCAAAAAGUUCCAGAACGUCAUCAAUGCUGCCCGCAAGAACGGCGACCUCACGGAUGAGGAAGCGCAAACCCAGCCCGUCCUUGCCCGCCUUCGCACCUGGCUCUCCGCCCGCGCGCAGAACGCCGUGCGCGAGGGGGGAUCGCGCGCGACGUCCAAGUCGAGCGACACGAACAACAAGGGCGGCAUCGUGCGCAAGCUCAAGCCGGAGAUGAUCCGCCGGAUGGACAAUGCCCCGCAGCUCGUGAAUCCGAGCGGAUGGAUUAGCGACGCGGUGCCAGUCAAGAAGGUGCCGACGACGGUGCAGGCGCCACCCGCGUCAGCGGACAGCUCGGCAUCGCCGCAGCAGCGAGCAUCCUCCACCAGUCCCGAUGCACCGAUUCGAGACGCUGCAGCACGACAAGGCGCGACCUCAGCCACAACCCGCCCAACUUCCGAACCUCACGAACAUAGCUUCACGAUUCCCGCGUACUCAGACCAUCGAGUUCGCGCCGACGCCGACUACCCGUCCCCGCGGAAGAUCGAUUGUGCAGGACCUCGAAUGCACCCGUCGCUUGCGACAAACAUGACUGGCGCGGGCCAAAGCUUCAGGCCGAGUACGAAGCACAACAACUUUGGCGGGUUCCCUAUGCCACAUCACAUCAUCCAGCGCAUCGUUCACGCUCUGUUCCCGAAGCUCCAUCACAAGAUCGCGCGCACGGUGACGAUCCCUGUCACUACGACUAUCACCUCACUGCGCGGCGAGGGCCUCGAGGGCGCCCGGCCCGUGCCGUACAUCUCCUUCGACGCGGUCGUGGGUCGCAACUCGGCCUUCCACCUCCUGACGAAGGAGCAGCUAGAGGAGCUCGGUGGCGUAGAGUACCGCGCAGUCAAUGCUUUGCUGUGGAUCGUGGCCCUGUACCACAUCUGCGUACAGGUUCUGGGCUACGUGCUUAUCGCGCCGUACAUCUCCAUGAGCAAGUGGGACGCGGACUUCGAGGAGCCCAAUCUGCAUCGGCCGCUUGCGGCACCAUGGUUCGCGCUCUUCCAGACGGUCUCUUCGUACACGAACACGGGAAUGUCGCUGGUGGACCAGUCGAUGAUCCCCUUCCAGACCGCGUACCUCAUGAUCUUCGUUAUGGCGUUUCUCAUCUUGGCAGGGAAUACGGCUUUUUUAACUCAACUCCGCAGUUUCACGGACUGGUUCUUCUUCAUGGUGUUGGAUAUCGGGAACGCGGCCAUCGAGGCGAUACCAUUGGGCACCAGGUUUUGUAUCGGUCUUUUGCAAGCGAUCGCGGUCCGCGCUGCGGGGUUCAGCACGGUGGCGCUGUCCGUUCUGGCACCGGCGGUGAAGAUUCUGUACAUUAUCAUGAUGUAUGUCUCCGUAUGUGAGUGCCCGCCUCUUCUCAGUGUUCGUGCGACGAACGUGUAUGAGGAACAGUCGCUGGGGAUCUUCGAGGAUGACGAUCUUGAGGACGACGAGGAGAAUGAGCUGGCGAACAUGGGUGGCUCCCGCGUCACGGCGUGGAGUCGGUACCUGGUCAUGCAUGCGCGGAAGCAGCUUGCGUUUGAUAUGUGGUGGCUUGGGCUCGCGACGUUCCUCAUCUGCAUCAUUGAGCGUGCACCUAUCGACGAUGACGCGACGUACUUGUGGUUCAACGAGUUCACCAUCUUGUUCGAACUGGUUUCUGCUUACGGUACGGUCGGUCUAAGUCUAGGACUACCAACGGCCAACUACUCCUUCGCCGGCGCUCUCAGGCCCUUGUCGAAGCUAAUCCUUUGCGCGGUCAUGCUGCGAGGUCGUCAUCGCGGCUUGCCUGUUGCCAUCGAUCGCGCUGUCAUGCUGCCCAACGAGUUCAAGAUCCGCGAUCAGGUCGAGGACGCGCGCAGCAUGCGACGCACCUUCACGCGCCAAAGUCAGUUCGGGAGCCAAAUGCCACGCACUCAGACCUACCAGAGCGGAUGGCAAAGUCAGAUGCCGCGCACGCAAACAUAUCAGAGCGGGUGGCAGACGCAGAGCCAGUAUCAAGGCGAGGGCCACCUGGAGGGGAUCAUGAAGCUGCCGACGGCCAACGACGAGACGUCGUGGCGGCGCAGGAAUGCGCAUGGGACGGAGUCGGACGAGGAGGUGGUGGGGGAUGGGGGAGGGAAGGAGGAGAGCGGCGAUGACACCCUGACGGAGAAGGGCAGCCGUCGGACUAACGAGUCGGACAAGGUAUAGACACUCACACUACCCGACACGACCUUCGGCGACCCCAUUCGUCAGCUUCCUACUACAUAGAUGAGUUGCCCCACUAUCACAUCACCGUCGCGCGACGUCGCCGCGCUCGCUCAGCAUAAUCUUAUCAUUAUAUCCUUACGACCCAGCUUGCAUGUUCUCCAUCUUCAUCCAUCAUGACCCAUGCCACCCAUAGAAUACAUACAUACCUACCUACCAUUCCCAUCGAUGUUCAGAGUUGUACAGUAUAUAGUAUAGUUACUCGCUUUGUCUUGUUCGUUGAUCGUUUCCGAGCCGUACAUUCAGGAAUAGACAGACAUAUAGGUUAAUAUUUUACACGUUGAUGAACUUCU